AUGGUGAGCAACGGGUUUCCGAGUGAGGCGAUCAUGGCCGGCAGCGGAUAUGUCAACGAGAACCAGCCUUUCGGGAAUAAUCCGUUCGUCAGCGUUCCCUCAGAUGUCGACCGGAAUCCUUUUCGCCUCGUGCUGGCUGAUCUGGGCUUUAUCGUGUACUUACGCUCACUUCUGAUCCAGAUCAUCCUGCCAAUGGGACCUCAGAUCUCGGGGGAAUUGGAUGAGCUGUACCUGUCCUGGGCCAACAUCAAGGAUCUGACCAUUCAUGCCGUUCUCCUCGCGACCCAGAUCCUCCUGCUGCUGUCUAUGCCCGCGUUGUUUAUUAUCUUCUGGCUGGUACCCGGCGUCGUUCCCAUCAUUUUAGUCGCCGCGUUCUGGGGCAGCACGUGGGUUGGGAUGAGGCUUCUCAACGGCUGGCGAACGACCGAGUGUCAGGUCGGAUUGCCCGAUGGACUCGAACCCGUCAACGACGAAAAGGAGCUGUGGUUCUUCAUUAAUGGAGUUGCAACUGGGAAAAACUGGCUUCAAUCGAACCUGGAUCUCCUCGCGCGAACCUUCCAGCGUGAGAUUGUCGGCAUCCGCAACACCACCAACGGCUUCAUCUUCGACCUCAUCGAGUGCCUCAUUCAGAGAGACCUCGACUACAAGACGCGAGACAUCCGGCAAGGUCGUGCCCAGAUCCGGGCCGCUGUGGCCGCGCCAGCGACCAAGAAGGUCGUCCUCAUCCUCCACUCCCAAGGCGGCAUCGAAGGCUCCUCCAUCCUCGACUGGCUGCUCGCCGACCUCUCGCACGAGGUCAUGGCCAAGCUCGAGAUCUACACCUUCGGCAACGCCGCGCGCCGCUUCAACAACCCGCUCGUCAGCAAGCCCGCCUCCCCGCUCGUCGACGAGAGCAAGGGCGGCCGCGGCGAGCGCGUUAUCCGGCACAUGGAGCACUACGCCAACUCCCGGGACUUCGUCGCCAACAUCGGCGUGCUGGAGUUCACGAGCCCCAAGGCGCAGCCGUUCACCGACGGGAACGCCUUCUUCGGGACCGUCUUCGUGCGCGAGGGGCCGGGCCAUCUGCUCAACAUGCACUACCUCGACAAGAUGUUCACCAUGGUCAACGGCGUGGUGGACGAGGCCGGGAACACGUUUAUGAAUUCCUUGGUGCCGAGGAGAAACCCUCGCCACCUCCCCUCCAAAAACAGCGACAAGGCCGCCAACUUCAACGGAACGACCGAACGCAAGAUGAUCAAGGACGUCUCGCGCCUGUGGCAGUACAUCAACGGGAAGAGUCCCAAGGAUGAUGAUAUCAAUCGCUCUGGCUCUGGCUCUGGCUCUGGCUCUGGGUAG